CUUAGCUCCACUACUCAGCAUAAUGAGUAAGGAUCAAGUGAAAGCUUCGUGGGAUCUAAAAACCACAAAGGUGUUCAUUGAUUUGUGCAUUGAACUAGUUCAACAAGGAGAAAGAAAAGGUACAAGCUUAACAAAGAAAGCUUGGGGAAUUCUUGCCGAUAAGUUCAAUGCGAAAACUGGGAGAGCCUAUACAAAACCUCAAUUUAAGAACAAAUAUGAUUCCUUACGAAAGGAAUGGCAGACAUGGGAUAGGUUGCUCCACGAGACAGGUUUGAGAUGGGAUAUUGAAAAGAAUACUGUUAGUGCAAUUGAUGAUUGGUGGGAGAAGAAAUUAGUGGAAGUUCCAAACUACAAAAAAUUUAGAAAAAGAGGACUUCAAUUUCGAGAUGAAUUAACUCAACUAUUUGGAAGUGUGACUACAACUGAACCACAAUUGUGGGCACUUUCUCCCAUGACGCUUCUAAGUGAAGGAGCACCUAAUGAUGAUAUGGAAGAAGGGUUCGGAGAUAAUAGUGAAAUCUUAGGUACAUCAACUGGUAUAAGUGGGGAAUUUUACUUAGUAACUUUUAAUGAAAAUAGUGGAGGUAGUAGGGGCAACAUUGGGAUAAGGCAGGAUAACAAUCGUGGGGAUAGACCUGGUAGCUCAUUGGGGAUCAGAAGAAAGAGUGAAGCCAUGAAGAAGAAACCAACUUUCCCUAUAAAAAUAUCAGAUGCACUUAGUAGGAUAGCUAAAGCAAAUGGUUCUGAUUUUCAACGUGGAAAUGAUAUGGUUUCACAAGCACAAGCUAGAAGGUUGGAAGAAAAAGCACGUGCUUAUGAGACUUCAAUUAUGGGAGUCCUAUCUCACCUUAAAACAAUUGAUGAAGUUUUCAAUGAUAUUGAUUUGUUUACACGCUGCACACGACUUCUUAUGGAACGACCGGAGGCAAGGGAAAUGUAUGCGGCGCUGAAGGAUAGGAGGGAACAACUUGUGGCCGUUUUGAAGCAUUUCACUAAGAAUUUAUGACUUGUUUAUUAUAUUAGACAACUCUUUAUGUCUAUUGGAUUAUGUGAUUAUUGGAUUGUUGUAUGAAUUAGACAACUCGUUACUUUCUUAAAUGUUUCGUAAUUUCUAUGUAAGGAUUCUAAACUUUAUGUAUGUGUGCAUAGGAUAAAACAGAAAUGGAUGAUGAAAUUAAAUUUGUGGAGGAGCA